AUGACCCCAAUCCUUCGUCGCAAGUCGCGUAUAGUGGUCGCGCUGCUGGUCGUCAUCCUGGUGUACCUUCUUGUCGGCCUGGUCCCCGAUAACAGCGACGUUCUCUGGGGUUUCACCUAUGUCUUUGAUCGCUACGAUUGGUCUCAGCAGAAGCAAUUCUAUCCCGUAUCUGAAUAUACUCCGUUACCGACCGGCCGGCCGCAAUCGUUACCCCCAGUCCAGUAUGCGUUCAAGCAAGAUAAGAGUCCCGAGGGUGUCGCGCGAGAGGCCGUCCUAGCGUCAAGGCGCGACGAAGUAAAGGAAGCCUUUCUGAAGAGCUGGAGGAGUUACAAGAAUGUUGGGUUUGGGUAUGACGAACUCAUGCCCGUAUCUGGAGAAGGACACGAUGUUGCCGGCUUUGGCGGUUGGGGAGCCACUCUCAUCGACUCCUUAUCAACUCUUUGGAUAAUGGACCUGAAGGACGAUUUCUACGAAGCUGCCGCUGCUGCGGUCACAAUCGAUUACUCUAGGACACGGGACACAUCCAUCAACUACUUCGAAACCACUAUACGGCACCUUGGUGGUUUACUCAGUGCCUACGACCUAAGCAGAGAGACGGCAUUGCUUGAGAAGGCCGUCGAGCUAGGUGAUAUGCUCUAUAUGGCAUACGAUACUCCGAAUCGUAUGCCUGUAUUCUGGCUAAACUUUCAAGAGGCUAGAGCUGGGAAACAGGUGGCGGAUAACCGCAGUCCCUCAGCCGCUGCUGCAUCAUCGUCUCUGGAAUUCACCCGAUUAACCCAACUGACUGGCAACAAUAAGUAUUAUGACGCGAUAACUCGAGUGACGCAAGUUCUAGAUGACUGGCAGAACAGGACAAAUUUACCCGGGAUGUGGCCCACCUACCUUGAUCUGGAACGCAUAGAGUUAGACUCAGAUAACAGUUUCACGCUGGGUGCAUCCGCCGAUAGUCUUUAUGAGUAUUUCCCGAAAACAUUUGCUAUACUCGGUGGUCUCGAGCCGGUGUACGAGAAGUUGUACCGUGGGGCAAUGGAAACGAUAAUCGAAAACAUUUUAUUUCGACCGAAGCUCCCCGACCAAGCCGAUAUUUUGUUUACGGGUAACGUCUGGGUCUCAGAUGAGCCGCGCCUCACUGCCCAGUCCCAACAUUUAUGUUGCUUUGUCGGUGGGAUGUUCGGGCUCGGCGGAAAGCUUUUCCAAAUUCCAGAACAUGUUAGUAUCGGUGAAAAGAUCACGAAGGGUUGCGUGUGGGCCUACGAUGCCAUGCCAGCAGGCAUCAUGCCUGAGAUUUUCAACCUGCUCAAGUGUACAACACUAGAACCAUGUGAAUGGAACCAGGGGGAAUGGGAGAUUGUCGGCAAUACCAAGCUAAAGGAGGGGAUCAAGAACGUUCCAGAUCCUCGGUAUCUCCUUCGACCCGAGGCUAUCGAGAGCGUAUUUCUCAUGUACCGUAUGACGGGGAAGAGCGAGUACCAGGAAAUGGCGUGGAAAAUGUUUCAGACCAUUUGCAAGGCGACCGAGACCGACCUAGCAUUUUCGGCGAUCAAGUCUGUUAAGACGGCUGAGACGGUGAAAGCCGAUUCAAUGGAGAGUUUCUGGCUGGCCGAGACUCUCCGGUACUUCUAUCUGAUUUUCUCGUCACCAGAUCUGAUAAGUCUAGACGAGUUCGUAUUUAAUACCGAAGCCCAUCCGCUUCGACGACCAACUGCCUGA